GUAAUCAUGGUAGCGCUGGAAACUAAAAGUAAAACAGAGAAAAAACGAAGUGGAUCGCGCGUUUAAUGACGGUGAGUCAACGGGCACCAGCUGCUUCUUGAGUAUUGUCUACGGAACAUACUUAGAAGAAUUAUGGCGCUCCUUGUUGAGACAGCGAAGAUGGCGGACGGUGUCGCUAGAGUGGCGGUCUCGUGCCGCAUGCGGCCAGCGCUCGAUGCGGAUAUGAAAUUAGCGAAGUGGGAGCUCACGGACACAACUAUAGCGUUGCCAAGUCAGAAACGAAUUGAUAUUUGGGGUGCAGUCGCUGAUCCUGGGGGAGAUCGUAAGUUUUCUAGAAUUGAACCUUUCUUUUAAUGGUUGCUGAUUCAAGUUGCUUACUUCUUAGCUUCACCUCCAAAGAGCCAUGUGUUGUAGAAAAAUGUUGUAUGCUCCAUAAAUGCGACUGCGCAACGAGUAAUUAACUUCCUUGAUGUUGCAGCGCAUUCAACGGACAAGAUUAGACAGCAAUUUUUACAACGGCUACUACAGGCGUGACCGAAACGCACAUGGAUCACGUUUAUGAUAGUGGUGUGAGUACUAAUAACGUUUACCAGAGCUCUUUUAGGCCAAUCGUGGAGAAAGCAGUGCAGGGCCUCAACGGCUGCAUUAUGGCGUACGGACAAACAUCGUCAGGAAAAACCUACUCCAUGUUGGGAGGCUAUGCCGGUGGUGGCACAUCUAGCGGUAGCAGCAGUGCUACUUCAGCAGCUUCAGGUUCGGGAGGUGGCGGUUCUUCUUCUUCCACGGGUCACGGGCACAAGAUGAAUAAGGGCAUUAUCCAGUUAGCGUGUGAGGAUGCGUUCUACAUGAUGGACGAUUUACGGUCGAAAAGCGGCAUGAAGCAUCGAGUGCGGUUUUCGCUCUGCGAGGUGUACAUGGAACGCGUAUCGGACCUAUUGGCAGCUAGCCACCAGCUGAAGCCGCAAUAUCUCUCCGUGAAAGAGUGCCCGUCAUCGUAUAACAACGCGGCACCGACUUCCACGACGCACUUGCCACAUCAUUUGACUACUGCUGCUCCUUCAGGGGCAUUAUCUUCGGUUUCAAAUAGCACUUUUCAAUCCGUGCCGGCUUGCGCGGAGUUUUACGUGGAGCACCUGUCAGAGCACGAUGCUUUUGAUGCGAGUGAUAUCAUGGAAAAACUCGCGUUCGCGGAACGAAAGCGGCGCAAAGUUGCGCAAACGAAAUACAACGAGGUUUCUUCACGCAGUCACACCGUUCUGACUGUCACGAUAGAAGCAACAGCGACGCCGCAAUCAAGUGAGGUGGAGGGCAACAAAAUGGAAGAGGAAGAUAACCAAAACGAAUCAAAAACAUCUUCGGCCAUCGCUGGCAAAAAGCAUGUCCAGGUAAAAAUGAAUGAGGAUGCUGUUGCAACAACGCAAGUGGGAAAGCUCGUUUUCGUGGAUCUCGCGGGUAAUGAGAGGCUAGACGAGACCAUGCAGUACCUACAGGAAGGAAGUGCAAUCAAUUUGUCCCUUUUCUUUCUCGGCGAGUGCAUCAGCAAAUUGUCGAAUAUGUCAACGAAAAGCAGCUCCACGGACCCGGUGAACGCAAACCCUCUCGUACAUCAAGGAGGAGCAGGUACUCUUCUAGCCUAGCGAUGUCAGCUGCUUUCGUUAGAUGUUGAUCCGUGUAAGUCAUGCCUUGCUUUAGAUCGAUUUCAGGUUCGUAUCUUCCUUGACACCUGGCUGUGUGGGCUGCAAUGAAUUUGAUGAAUCGAGGGUUGCACUAUCUAUUUGUAGUUGGAGGUCAUUCAUCAUCCACGGCUUCGACUUGCAACUUGUUUUGGGUACUCAACGUGCAGGCAACGAAGGCUACAUUCCUUAUCGAGACAGCAAGCUCACACGCAUUCUCGCCGUGCACUUGGGACAAAACAGCCACACGGGUAUCCUUGUCUGCCUGCAUCCCGGUGAAAAAUUCAUUGAGCAGAGCGUGUGCAGUCUUCGGUUUGCGCAGAAAGCGUCCCAAGUCGUAUCGAGAAUUCGACCUGUCUACCGGUCCAAAGGAGAAGAGCUGGUGCAGCGAUUGCGUGCGCGCGUUCGUUUUCUGGAGGCGGAGCUAGAAGAUGCACGAACAGCAGACUCGGGAGGAAGGCAGGUUGAAGAUGGGGCCUCUGCGGGAACGUCGAAUGGUGACGGGGCUGGCGGUAAGCAAGUGGUUCUUUCUGGUUCACGCGAAACGGACCGCAUAGUUUUGGCUCUGAAUCAGGCAAACAGCAAAUACAAGGCUCUGCUCACAAAGUAUCGGAGUUUCUUGUCGACUUUCGAAGUGGAGAUCGAGAAGCGAGAGCUCGAGAGUGCAGAUGUCGAAGGCGAGGGCGGAGACGGAACGGAGGAGGAUGGAGAAGAGAUAUUAGGGAGUGAGAGAAACCAGCUUGAUCGAAUACCGCGUGGUACCGAGGCAUCCUCUCCCGGCUUCGGCGACUUGUCUGCAAUCAAUCGUGUUCUUGGCCGCUUCACAAAGUAUGCCGACCGGAUGAGUCGUUCAUUGGCGCAAGCGCAGAGUGCGCACCGAUUAGCGCAAGUUGCGGCAGAGAAGUUGCAACUAUCCGAAGGCACUUCGAGAGCGUCUGAUGGUUCCCUGAUUCUUGGGACCGAACAAGUGACGCCCAGUAAGAGAAGCUUAUUGGCAGCCGAGGAAGCUGGCGGCGGUACCUUUCUUCGCACGUUUGAGUCCGGCAAUGUCACUCUGAGUACACUUGGUGGGAACGCUGGGGCGUUUUCGUCCACUAAAAACCUACUUUCUGCCGAAAGCCAGAUGCGGAUUCUGGCAGGUCGCGUAGCAGAUCUGGAACGGCAGUUGAAGAUGGAACGGGAGAACAACAUUUUAGGUAGUACAUUGCAUUCGCAGACGUCUAGUCCGUCUAAGUGUAGUCAAACGUCAACUUCACACUUUGCGUCCUCGGCGCUGCAGAGUAACGCUGGUGUGUCGAUGCUCAAUAAAUUCCAGACGGUGGCAGGUGGCGGGUUCGGCUCCACCCCGGGCAAAAUGAGCUCCGUGUCGACCUCAAGCACGAUUACCCAGCAGGCCCCACCUUCGGCAACCAUGACAUCGCAUCUUCUGGGAACUGGCCACCCUCCGGGUGGGCAGCAACAUGUACAAGAACUGAAGGCGCAGAAUUCUCAGUUGAAAACUAUCAAUAAAUAUUUAGCGUCGGAGAAAAUGCGAUGGAAAGGAGAGGCUGAAAGGGCCAAGGUCGAAACACAAGAGAAGGUAACCACACUCGAGGAUCGCGUGGCUUCGCUGAUGGCUGAUAUCGCCAAGGCAGAACGGGCGGGCAGAAAUUCGAGCACAGCAGCUGCGGGGCAGAAGGUAUCAGAAGGUACGAGAGUCAGCACUCCAACGAGCAGACGCGGAGAUGGAGAUGAUAUCAUAGCGCCGAACUUCUUCUCGGGUCGAGUGCAGGCGCUUCUUGAGCGAAGCGAGAGGAGCGCUGCGAGCCUAGCAUAUAGAGGAGAAUCGGAUGAAAAGAGCGGCACCAGGUUGCAGUUGCAGACAGAGGAUGAGUCAGGGAGAGUCCUAGAACAACAUGCAUUGUCGAGUCAGCAGCAGAAGCAAAGGAGUGGACGAGGAGGGUCGUCGUCAUCGCACUACCCUGAUGUAGACCAGUUCCUGGCUCGGGAAGACGAAAAUGCCGAGCUUGCCGUAAAGGUCACUACGCUGAACAUCGAGUUGGGGAAGCAGCAAGACGAGAUCGCAGUGCUGCGAUUGGAGCGUGACGAAAUGGAGGCUGACUUCGACAAGGAGCGACGUGAUAACGCAGGGUUGCGCGAGAAGCUCGGAUCAGUCAUGGCUGCUCGUCGAGACGCAGACCGCAACCUAAAUGCCUUGCAAACAACUCUGCAAAAACGAGUAGAGGACGUGGAAGUCGAAAACAAGCAAUUGAAAAAGGAAUUGCAAGACAGCAGAUGGGCUCGGAACUCGUUAAUCAACGUUAGUACAACAGGCGGAGCGGGAGCUGUUACAGACAACAGCAAAGCUAGUGGGUCGUCAUCUUCAACCUCCGCUGGCCAGCUAUCUCUCGGUGGCACCUCUGGUGAAUCCAAGGGAGUCGUAAGUGCAUCGUUUACACCCGCUAUGCAGGACUCGCUUCAGAAAAAGAAUGCGGACCUGAUACAAAAAGUGGAGAAACUAGAAGCAUCGGAGAAAAAGCUAACCGAACUACUGGCGACACUCCAGCGUCGGACUGAAACUGCCCAAGGCGAUAUGAAGCGGAAGGACCAAGAGGUCACGAGGAUGCGGGAUGAGGUGAACGAGAUGCGCAAAGCACUUCUCCUCGCACGUAAAAAUGCGUCAUCGAGUGCCGCCGGCGCAGGAGCUAUAAGUACGCACGGCGCGGGUCACGGCAUGGGGCUGCGGGAUCCUCGACCACUGCCACUGAGCUCUUCGGGAGGAGGCUCCCAGUCCUCUGUGAAGCCACCAUAUUACAGUCAGGCAGUAGCGUCUGUUAUGAAGCAGGAAUUUAGAAUCCCGGUUCAUUAUUUGAUUUUCAUUGUGUUAAGUUUAUGUACUUGUUGAGGCAAGAGUUGACAUUAGUGGCGUUUCUGUCGAUGGUUCUCUAACGAUGCUGGGGCACCUCUGGGUACUGGCAACGCGUCAUCGCAGGGUAAUUCGCGGCGUUCCUCAUCCGUGUUUUCAGAGCUCGCUAGCGACAUGAUAGCGGGUUCGGCGCACCGCACGCCAACAGCACGGCAAGCAGCGCAGACGCGACCUCCCGCAGACGUGAGUCCUCCUCUCGUACCUCUACAGAACAUCAACUACCUUUAUGAAGGCGGCCGGGACGAUCGGCUCCCGCCUGGUGGAAUCGGUGUCAGCUUGCAAGCAUCCCUUCCCGGAGGCGGCUACAACCCAGGCCCACUGUCGACGCGGCACGCGACGUCGACGAAGGGACCUGCAGGCUCGCUCGCGGCUAGCUGUCGUGGAAAAAGCACCGGGACAAUAGCGACCAACACGUCUUCCACGGGAGCACCUUCCGGCGUGGUGCGAGCCAGUCUGAUGGCUUUGCCGUCGCCAAGUGUCGCAGGUGCGUGCAUGCUAGCAGAGGAGAGCGUGCGAAAUAUCAAGAGAAGCUACAAUGUUGGCUAG